AGCGCCAGCUACGACGGGAAUCUGUAUAGCUGAGGUCAAGAAGGCAAUUUCGGCUUCUAAAUCAUCAAUUUUACCAUGGAUUGGCUCCAAUUUGGCGCUGUAAUCAUUGCUGCAUUAGGCACUAUUUAUCUAACGGGUAAAAGUGGUAUUUUUAUGCGGAAAUUCCAAGAGAUUGCCACAGGCAAGGCGGGAUGUGUGCCGGCAGAGGACCUGGGGUUCGUCACCAUCCACUACUUUGCUGGUCGAGGUCGAGCGGAGGCCAUUCGACUUCUGCUGGAGCAAGCCAAUGUUCCUUACAACCAGACAGACUUUAGCCGGGAAACUUGGCCUGAAGCCAAGAAAGCAGGAGUAGAGAAAGGCCUUUACACCUAUGGACAAGUGCCAGCCAUUGUGACAUCAUCAGGUGUGUCUAUGGUCCAGCAGCAAGCCAUCCUUCAUUACCUUGGAAGGGCUACAGGGAUGGAUUGUGACUGUGAAGAUAUGCAUCACUGUGAGGUACUGGCUCUUGGCGUUGAGGAUGCUAGGAGCAAGCUCUCCAAGCUCGUCUAUGACCCGUCUUUCUCCGUAGCCAUGAGGGAUGAAUACCUGAAAGAGAUUGCUCCUCUCUGGCUGGGAUAUUUUGAGAAAAUAGCGCCCUCUAUAUCUUCGCAGCAAAGAGGAUAUUUUGUAUCUCAUCGUUUGACCUGGGUUGACUUCCUCAUCUUUGACCUCCUCGACACCAACAUCGAAUUCGACAAGCUUGAUAUGGGGCGCCCUCCUGUGGCCAUCCUUGCCCAGUUCCCGAAGCUCAACUCGUACUACAAUCGCAUGAAGGCUUUACCCAGCAUCGCCAAUUAUCAGAGUAGUCCUCAGAGGCCACCUUUCAAGAUACCAUACAUGCCAAAACCUGAAUCCAAUGCCAAGCAGAUGUGAAGUUACGAGUGUUUUGUCUGAAAUACAAAAAUGUUGUACUAUUCGUAGUAGCCUAUGUUUAAUUUAUUUGUGAUGAAAAGAGUAGGUAUUAGACUGAUAAAAAAAUAUGUUUAGAGUAACUAUUAGUAGAGUAUCUCAAGGCUAGUUUCUUGACAAAGGAAUCUGGAGAGUAUAAGAUCUAUUAUUGCUUUCACUGCAGUAGUUAUUUAAAGUUGUUUCUUAUCUCAAAGACACUGAAUUAUUUAAAUCCAUACAAAUGGAUCAGUUUCGCAGUAGUCAUUUCUCAGGCUUUCACUUUUAAUUGUGGCUAUGUUAGAUGUGGCACAACUCUAGUAUUGGGUAACAUAAUAUAUCAUUCUUAGUUCAGGGGGGCAUUUCACAAAGUCUAUUUUCAAUGACAAAUGACAAAAAUCAGUGACAAAUCUGCUGAUAAUCAAUAAGAAGCAAGGAUUUCAGUAGCUUAUAACAAAAACUGUCAUUUGUCACUGAUGACAAGUUUUGUGAAAUGCCCCCCUGGAUGUGUGAUACAUUGUUUAUGUGAUAGCACUUUGUCGUUUUGUGUGUCGGCAUAGUCGUACACAGUACUGAAUAGUCAAUCAUGUUAAUUGGGAAUACUCAGCUUCAAGUACAAUUUACUGUGGGAGAGAAGAUGGCUGAUUCACAAGAUAUGUUGUGAUAUAGAGGUUCAUUCACUUCACUCUCGAUCCAAGGGUUGAGGGUUCAAAUCCCAGCCCAUCACUCACAUCUUUUUGUAGGACAUUUAUCCACAUUUGCCCCUCUCCACCCUAGCAGUUGCAGGGCCCUCUGGGGGAAGAACAUUAGUGCUGAUGAGGCUUCCCUGAAUAAACAAAUUAUUAUGAUUAGACACCGAUUCCUGAAUUCAAUCAUAUAAAUUGAAUGUAAAAUUACAGUUCUUACAAACAUUAGUAGUAAAUGCUAAAUAAAUUUUGUUAUUAUUGGUAUGAAAUUGAAGAGAAUGUUGUGCCCUCCCCCAGAUCUUUGAUAUUCCUUCUCUUUCAUUUAUGUUUUGAGGGGGGGGGGGAGGGUAAGGAACCCACG